AGAGAGGAGAGAGAGAGGAGUGCUGCUGUAUUAUGUAUCAGUGAGUGUCAGACCAGCCAGCGAUCGAGCGCUGGUGACCGCCAGCAGACACAUACAGACGGAGGGGCGAGGCUGCUGCAUGCGGUAACCAUGGCGCAGCCAUCUCCGUGCGCAUCGCCGGGUGUCCGUCGCCGUAGCGAUGGCUCAGUGAGAGAGUGUCUCUUCUUCCCUGUCUCUGAACGCAACGAGCAGGAGAGGCUGGAGGCCCUGGUCCGCCGGAGAGCCGGAGGAGCCGAGAGACGAGGAGGAGGAGGAGGAGGAGGUGCAGGGGGGGAGGCUCGGGACCACCUGGAUAACAGGCCUAAACGCUGGACGUGGGGAGGACCGCCUGACGGAGUGGAGGGUAACCCUAAGACCCCGCCCUGCAAUGCCAUUGGCUCUGCUCAGCCCAAUGAGCUUCCUGCUGCUUCCAGCGCCAGCCAAUCCCGUAACGUUGGUGACUUCCUGUCUCCACCCGGGAUGGAUCAGCCAAUCAGCAAACAGCUCUCAAACUCUACAGCCGCCCUCCAUUCACCAGAGAGAGUGUCUUUUGUGUCCCAUCGAACAGCUUCCCCCAACCACCACAGACCGUACAGAAGUUCCUCCAACCGCAGGAGCAUCGCUGGACUCCCCGAAGAAGCAUCCAAAGCCAAAACACCCACGGGUGAGACUCCAAACGCACCCGCCCGCAGUUCUUCCUUCAGGGCCAACAGCAAGGGCCCGGCCACACCGAAACGGGUGAGGUCAAACAGGAGUCGCCCCCAGUCGCCCUGCUCCCCGGGCCAGUACCCCCCCUCCCCGCACCGGCAGAGGGCCACCACCCCCGGCACCGACGACAGGGGCCACAGCGAGGUCAAAGGUCACAGCACCCUGGAGAGGAAAUCUACCAAAUCUGAGACCUUGGAGAGAAAGAUCCCCAAAUCCACCAGCAAAGAACUCAACGCAGAGUCUCCGGGCACGCCCACGGGCAGGAGCGUUGGUGGGACGACGGACGCCGAGGAGGCGUCCAGACUGCUGGCAGAGAGGCGACGUUUGGCCCGAAUACAGAAGGAGCAGGAGGAGAAGCAGCGGCAGGAGGAGGAGAGGCAGAGGGCAGAGGAGGAGCAGAGGAGGCAGCAGGAGGCCAGAGAGAGGCAGGAGAGAGCUGCUCUGCAGGCCGAGGAGGAGCGAGUGAAGCGGGAGGAGGAGAGGAGGAACAGGGAGGACAAGGAGAGACGGCAGAAGGAGCAGAGAUGGAAAGACAUGCAGGACCAGCUGGACAGAGAGAGAGAGGAGGCCUGCCUGCGAGCCCAGAAGGAGGCUGAGAGGAAGAGGCAGGAGAGAGAGCAGCUGCACAUCCAGGAGGAGCAGGAGAGGCUGCAGAGGAAGAAGAGAAUCGAGGAGAUCAUGAAGAGAACAAGAAAGAGUGAAGUUGAGCCUCUGUCUGCAGCUGCAGCGUCCGACGCGAGGCCAGAGGCUGCAGUCCCCUCAGAGGAGGACGCCGCGACUCCGGCUGAGGCCCCCGUCAUCAUGCUCGGACCCCUGGAGAACAAGAGCUGCGUGGACGAGCUGUCUGACGGAGUCCAGUCCAUGGACGUCAGUUCUCCAUCUGUCUCCAUCAGUCCAGUGUCCAGGGACGAGCAGCCGAGCGCUCAUGAGUUCUCGCCGCUCACAGAGGAGCACGUGAUGGACCUCGACGCCCAAGGCCAGCGAGGACAGCGGCAGGGCGCCGAAACGCCUCCGUACCCCAAACUGCAGGCCGGCAGCGGGGUGGGAGACCUCAACAAGAACCUGCUGAUUCAAGGGUACAGCGCCGCCUCCGAGUCCUCCCAGCUCAUCCCCAGUGUCGGCCCGAGCAAACUGGACGUCCAGUAGCCAGGACCGUCUCGGGAGCUGGUGGAAACAGGAGGAACAGACCAAGAGACCGUCACCUCUGUCUGCAGAAACAACAACAAUCAUCAUUUCCACAAAGGAACAAAUGCCGAACAACUAACUUCACGUCUGUAUAACAGUAAAGCUUCUGGCCACAUUUUGAGGCAGCGCACACGGGCAAUUUGGACUCAAAAUACAACACAGUUUGACAAAAUCAUGCGAAUAAUGCUUAGUAUGUUAAGGACAGGGUUAUGUGACAGAGAAGGAGGUGGGGUCAGCAUUGAUGCGUGUCACGAAAGAGUUUAGGAAAGUGAAACGACUGUAAAACAAGGAAACUAUGGAGGCAGAGAACGGCCGUGUUUGAAAUUAUUUUGAAAUGCUGUUAAUUAUUUUGUCAUCUUCAGAUACUGAAUCUUGUGUUCUUGGGAAAACAAAAGGCCGAUUUCUCCACAUAAUGACAUUAUUUAUUUAUUCCGAGAAAACGACUUUUGUUUCCUUGAAAUCACAAGUUAAUUUUUUCGUUAUCAAAACCCGAUAACAGCUUUAUGUUUGUCGAUUCUUGACAGAAAAAAGGCCAAUUUCUCAAUGAGAUAAUUUAUGCCAAGAAAACAACUUUUUUUCCUCUAGAUCAUGAGAUAAUUACUUAAAAAUGAGCGUCUGGUUCAUUUAAUCAGACCGGAUUUCAGCAUCUGGCAGGUUUUUUAGGCUUGUUAAAAAAAGGACACAGAAACGUUAAAAAACAGUUUAUUGUUUAAAUUCAGAACUACACAGUUACAAGUGUUUUCACAUUUUCAGCAUGUAUUUUCUAACAUUACAGUGUGUUUAGAAAGAAAUCACUGAUUUCACUUUACCUGGACUGACAAAAAAUGCAAGUAUGGCUGUUCUCGACUUCCAUAGGAAACAUUUGCAGAAAACUUUAUUUAUGCUAUAAAACUUACUGUAACGGCUUGAGUUGCAGGUCAAUGUGAGCCCAAAUCUGCACGCAUCAACUAAAAUUUUCUUCUUUUUAAAUUUUUUUUAAUUUAAUUUUUUAUUGGCAGCCAGAAGAUUUACAAAAAAGACAAUUAUAAAAACUUUACUACAAGCCUGUUUUGACGAUAAUAAAUCACAACAAAAUAAAAGGUAAUAAAUAAGAGUAGAAGCCAAAAGACAAGUUAGCAGGUAAACAAAUGAAAGCACACAAAGAUAGAUACAUAAAAAAGUUUAUUAAUAUAAUAAAUUAACAAAUAAGA